AUGUCUACGAACACUGCAAAGCUAGAGAACGAGACAGCUAUCAUUGUGCUUGGCGCUUCGGGCGACCUUGCGCGCAAAAAGACGUUCCCGGCUUUAUUGCGUCUGUAUAUUCACGGUGACUUGCCCAAGGACACGUUCAUUUUGGGAUAUGCUCGUACGAAAAUGUCGCAGGAAGAAUUUCACCAACGCAUCUCUGAACACUUCAACAAUGGCACGGACGAAGAAAAGAAACAGUUCUUGUCCAAAUGUCGCUAUAUCUCAGGACAGUACGAUGACGUCGCUUCGUUCGAGAACCUGAACAAGGAGAUCACUGAAUGGGAAGACGAACGUGGUGGUGAAAACCGCAACCGCAUUUUCUACUUUGCCCUCCCACCCAACGUAUUUGUGCCUGUAUCCAAGCACCUGCGAAAGGUCUGCUACUCAGAGAACGGCGUGAACCGUGUUGUGGUAGAAAAGCCAUUUGGUAGGGACCUUGAGUCAUGCCAGAAGAUGUUGGAAGAGAUGAAGAGCAUGUGGGCCGAGAAGGAGACCUACCGUAUUGAUCACUAUUUGGGCAAGGAAAUGAUCAAGAAUAUCAUUCCGCUGCGUUUCGGUAACGCCUUUAUCGACCAUAUGCUCAACUCGUGGAUGGUUGACAAUGUCCAAAUUACAUUCAAGGAGCCUUUCGGCACGGAUGGCCGUGGUGGCUACUUUGAUAAGUUUGGCAUUAUUCGCGACAUUCAACAGAACCAUCUGUGCCAGGUUUUCUCGCUGCUCGCUAUGGAUGAGCCUACAGACUUUUCAUCAGAAGCAAUCCGUGAUGCUAAGGUCAAGCUACUACGUUCUGUUCGCCCCAUUUCUCUGGAGGAUGUUCUCCUGGGCCAGUAUGUCGCGGCCAACGGCAAGCCUGGCUACAAAGACGACGACACAGUGCCGGAUGACAGCAACACGCCAACCUUUGCGGCCCUGGUCCUUCAUGUAGACAACUACCGAUGGCGUGGUGUGCCGUUCAUCAUGAAAGCCGGUAAGGCCCUGGAUGAAGGUAAGGUGGAGAUACGAAUCCAAUUCCGUGACUUGGACCACAAGCUGGACGAUAAGUUGGAGCGGAACGAGUUGGUUAUGCGCGUUCAACCCGGCGAGGCCUUGUACAUUAUGAUCAAUGCUAAGAUCCCUGGUAAGGCCAGCGCAACCGUCCCUGUCGAGCUUGAUUUGACGUACAAGAAUCGAUUCCAAGGCUACUAUAUCCCCGAAGCGUACGAGGCAUUGAUCUUGGACUGCAUCAAUGGUGAACACUCGAACUUUGUUCGUGACGACGAAUUGGAAGCAAGUUGGAGCAUCUUUACGCCUCUUCUGCAUGCGAUUGACGCAGGCCGUGUGCCGUGCAAGCCGUAUGAAUAUGGCUCGCGCGGCCCUGAGGAACUGAAUGACUUUAUUGGCAAGUUCGGUUACCGUCGUCCAGAGAACUACAAUUGGCCCGAGACCAAUGUUCAGGAACUGUGCGCGAAUUCUGAGUCCCCCGAGGAAUAA